AUGACAAAAGAUAUUGAAAAUAAAAGUUCUUUAUGUAUGUAUAUUUAUCCCAGAAUAGAAAAAAAAAAAACUUGCAAUGGACCAACGACUAACCAUAAUUUCCAAGUGUCCAAAUUUGAGAAUAUAUUACCAGAUUUGUUUAUAGUAUAUGAACAUACAAAUAAAUAUGUUUUGACUAGUGAGAUACUUCCAGUGGACUUUUACCAGGAAAAUCCGAUGAAAAUAGUGUCAUCUUUACAAUCACACACAACAACGGAUGUCACCAGCAUUGAAAAUAAAUUUAAAAAUGGACAGUAUUCCACACCAUAUCAAUUAUUUCAUGAUAUCAAGGCUGUCGCAUCGAUUUUGUUGAACAAAGAAGUAAAUGGAUCUUUAGAAUAUAAAGAGUUGGAUUUUUUUUACAAGUUUUCCACAGAAUUGUUAUUACGUGAAGUUGGUAACUUGAUCAAGUUUAACAAUGAAACCGCUGAGAUUAAAACUGAAUUGGAAACACAAUUAGAUGAAGAUUUUACCAAGAUCAUCACUAACUACAAUAUUUCCAACGGUGAAGUCAUCACUUAUAUUUCAACCACCGAAGAAUCAGAAACCCAAUCUUCCAGUGUCUUUUAUCAACAUCAUCAACAUAAAGAGGAACCAACGAAAAAGACUCAACCAUUGUUUUCGUCCGUGGUCUCUAAAUCCGAGUUGGAUAACAGAGCAACAAUUGUUCCGUCGCCUUACAGAAUUGCCCAAGUUGUUCCUAGUAUCAAAGAUUCGGUGUCUGAAAACACAUUGGAGACUUUAUCACCUAUUACUAACAGAAUUCCCUCACCGUUAGAUCAACCAACGAAUAUAUUACACGACUUUUUCCAUCCCACUUGGUACACUAUUUCAGUGCCAACUUGGUUAACUUACACCUCACAGACUAUAAAACCAGCAAACUUUAAUGCCAAUCAAGAACUCGAGGAUGGAGCCGGUGCAUCAACCAAGACAAAACUUUCAAUUUUGAAGAAUAGAGAUAACGAUUUCUCCACAAAACCGACCAAUAUUUGGGGACCAGGAAACUAUUAUCGAUCAUUCGCACCAUCGAGAAACCUGUCUGGGUCUAUUGUGGGAAACAAAUUGAAAGCUAAUGUUUGGUUACAGCAUAUUGGUAUGACAGAGAUUGCUGAACUCAAACAAAGUUUUGUAGAAAAUACGCACGAGACGAGUCCUUUAGUUAAUGAUACAGUGCCGGAUAAAGAGGAUGGAAGUGAAAGCAAAUCUAAUACUGAAAAUGGAAGUAAACCCACCAAUGGACAACAAAUAAGGGAGAGGGCCCAAGAGCCGGCAGAAGAAAAUCCAUCUCCUCAAAACAUAAACAUUGCGAACAUUAUUAAGUGGGAUCCAACCAAGGUUGAAGAGUUAAACUACUUGAAGGAGCAUAAACAAGAUUUGGUUAACCCUCAAAAACUUCAAAAAAUGAUUUCCAUUUCAUUAUUGAAAUUGAAUAAACUACGUCAGGAAAGGUAUUCACGAAGUGAUGUACGAAACCCAGUAGCUCCUCAACAUGAAGAAAAUAUCUUAUACAAUAGAGUGGUUAAACUAAUCUCCAUAGCUAUUCAGUUGUUCAACAUAAACCCAGGAUGCUUUUCAUACCAAUUUAGUAAAAAUAUUCCAGUAUUGGUAUCAGAAUUCAGUGGCACAUUACCAGGAAUCCCCCCAACUAAAGCAAUCACUAACAAUGGUACUUCUUCUAACACCAAACUGAACCGGUUGCCGAAUCUCAAGGGUCCAUCAGCAUAUAGAAAAAGACCAACAAGAUUAGGUUAA